AUGCGCUGGCAUUUAGGCCUUUUACCGUCACUAAUACUUCAACUAGGGCUGCUGCAAACAUGCGUCGUCGCUUCGACGGCGUCCAUUCAUGACGACUCAUGGCAGCCCGAAUAUGUGCUCCACGCGACCUUCGAAACCAUCACGAUGAAUUGCGAGCAGCGCGAGUCGGUGGUAUUCAAUGGGACAAUGCCUGGACCGCCAUUGUUCCUAAAGGAGGGGGAGACGACUUGGGUCCGAGUGUACAAUGACAUGUCUGAUAAAAAUUUCACGGUGCAUUGGCAUGGCCUCACUAUGCGAGUGGCGCCGUUUUCGGACGGGGCGCCUGUAGUGUCCCAAUGGCCUAUAGCACCGGGCAAAUUCUUCGAUUAUGAACUACACCCUGAAGUAGGCGAUGCUGGCACGUAUUUCUAUCAUUCACACAUGGGAUUCCAAGCAGUCACGGCGCAUGGACUGCUGGUAGUAGAAGACCGAGACGAACCGCCAUAUGAGUAUGACGAAGAUAUCCCAGUCGUGUUCGCAGACUGGUAUAUGAAGUCAGAUGAAGAAGUAGAAACGGGACUUACAUCCACACCUUUUGAGUGGUCAGGAGAACCGAACGCAUUGAUCUUUAACGACCGCACGGGAAACAAGUCGUUCGAGGAUGCGCCUGAUGACUCCUGCAAACCAUAUAUUAUAGAUGUGGAUCCUGAAACGACCUAUCGAGUUCGAUUCGUUGGCGGGACCGCUAUAUCUUUCGUUCAUUUCGGCAUUGAAGAACAUACCAAUCUUACCGUCAUCGCUGCGGAUGGGUAUUACUCAAAGCCUGCCAUGACGGACCAUAUCCAAAUAGGAAGUGGUCAGAGAUUCGAUAUUUUACUCACGACUAAAACCCAAGACGAAGUAGACGCCGAUGGGAAGGAUGGUCAGUACUGGUUUCGAUUCGAGAGUCGCGGGCGCCCGGAAGAUAUGGGGGGUUAUGCAUUGCUACAAUACAGUAAUACCACCAGCUCAAGCAAUUCAACGGCGAAACUCAGAAGAAGUCGUUCAUCGGAUCACGGAUCUAAACCACAAGACAGCAAACGGCACCGACCUAAUCUACCAAACUUUCCCAGCAAGCCACCGGUUUCGCUACCGCCUGAUGGCGACGAAGUUGCCAAGUGGUUAGAAUAUACUCUCGAACCCUUAAACAUACCUACGCCAUUCCCAACGCUUGAUGAAGUUACACGUACUCUCUACGUCACGGUCCACCAAGAUAUUAUCAACGGCUCGUACGAUGCCGGCACGGUAACAGGAUCAAUGGUGUGGGAACAAAACAACUUAUCAUGGACUGAAGACGAGGCUCAAAAGCGGCACACUACGCCUUAUCUAAUUCAAGCAUACAUGGAUGGGAAAACUCCAGAUUACGAUGCAGCGCUUGCCAAUAACGGAUGGGAUCCAGGGACCAGAGCAUUCCCGGCCCUAGUCGGCGAGGUCCUCGACAUUGUUUGGCAGAGCAAUUCUGGCCCCACGGGUGGGUUUGAAUAUCAUCCUAUGCAUGGACAUGGUGAGCAUUACUGGGACCUUGGAUCUGGGAAUGGCACAUACGAUGCCGCGUCCAACGAAGAACGCUUUCAGAAUUAUACACCCAUGAAGCGCGACACGACAAUGCUACACCGGUACACGUCUAAGGGUCAAAGCGAUACUACAGCUGGUUGGCGAGCAUGGAGAAUCCGAGUCACCGAAGACAACGUGGGUGCGUGGAUGAUGCAUUGCCACAUCCUGCAGCAUAUGAUUAUGGGCAUGCAGACCGUCUGGGUGUUUGGUGACGCGCUAACGAUUCUUCGCGAGAUCCCUCCACCGUACAUCAGUGGAUAUCUAGACUAUGGAGGUAGUGCUUAUGGUAACGAGACUUACGACCCGCUAGUGUUGGAAUACUAUUCAGAAUAG